CUUCCGCGAAUUUUGAAACGUAGAGGUGUUCGUGCAAAAGAGGUGGGCGCUGUGUGGAAAGGGUGAGACAUAUCAGACGAAAAUCAAGAUGGAUAUGAGAGAUGCCUAUAAAAUCAAAUCAUCAACGAUUGACGCCAAGAAGUUACGUCUUAACAGAAGGUCAAUAGAUUGGAAAAACAAUCGUCAAGAAGAAGCAAAUAAAGGCAGAAAUAUUCAAAAUCUUUCGCCUCUGCAAGAACUCAGCCCCAACGUGAAGUCGAAGUUAACUUACGAAGGGAAAACACCAACAAAGGGGAACACAGCAAAAGAUGGUGGUAGGAAAAGGAACAUCAGGAAUCAAGAUGACAUGAAGCGAGAAUUUACAAAAUGGAAGAAAGAAAAGGAAUUAAAAAAGAAAUUGGAAAAACAAAAGCAACUCCAAAAGCCGUCCUUUAAAGUUUUUCAUGUGGCUCAUAGCGAUACAAAUUUAUACAAGAAUUCAAAGAAAGGGAAUCAAAUUUGUUCUGUUGCAGGAUAUGUUUCAACACUUACUAAAAUGAAACCAUCGAAACCAGUAGCUGUGGAAAGUAUUGCUUCUACCAAGAAAAAGGCUGGAAACACAAUGACCAAAAAAUCUGAGACACCUAAUCCAACACCGAAGGUUGUGGCCCCUGCUCCUAUAUCAGGACGAGUUACUCGAUCACAAAAUGCUUCCAAAGAAACCAAAAGUGCCAGAAUACAAUCCAAUACAAACAGGCCAUCAACAAGAAGCACCAAGACUACUCAAAAACAGAAAGCAUCAGGUUCUUCCAAACCUUCUCUGCCAAAAAAGUCUGCUAAUGAAAAGAAGGUCACUGGGAGAGAUAAACCACAAAAUCUGAAUUUGGAGAAGGUGUCAACUUUCAGGGGUCUCUCCUUUGCCCCAGAUGAUUUUACAUUUAGUGCUCCAUCCAACAUCUCCACCUUUGAGUUUAAACCUUUGAGUCCUGCCAGCACUGCUCGCUUCCUGUACCCAGCCACCACAUCUUUCAUUGGCACUGAUCCUAAAAGAUGCUCUACCCCAAAGUCACAUUCAUCAGAAGACUCCAAACUGUAUACAGAGGAUUGUUCAGUGAACCUGGCUGAUGUCUCCAAUACCAACAUUCCUAGUCUGUCGGCUGAUGGAGAGAUGUGUGAUGAUACAGUUACCCUAACAAAGAUUGCUGAGAGGAAAACUAUUGCAACAGCAGAUUUCAGUCAUUUAAGUGAAACAAGGCGAGUCACCCGUAGUCUCAGACAGUCAAUUUUGGAAACUCAAUCUGCCACACCAACAACUGAAGUCCAUGGACAGACAAGUAAUGUAAACUCCACCAAGACUUCGGAGGAAAACAUAAUUAAGACCUCUUUUAAUUCAAGUGUACAAGAGGAGACAAAACACAUUGAUGGUGUGAUGUCUUCUGCUCCUAGAGAACCGACAAUGGUGAAGGAAUCCUCGACUCCACUGGACUCACAGAAAGAAGGAAAAUCUAUUCCAAAGAGAAUAACACGAAGUCUGAGGCGCUCGCUUUGUCUGUCUCCUCCAUCAGAGGCUCUUGACUCUCCAAAGAAGGUGUUCACGCCAAGAAAUAAAAGUGAACAAGCUAGUAGACCUGUGAUUGCAACUGAAGAAGUAGUGAACACUAAGCCUCUGGAAGAUGAAGUGUUCUCAGAUUCACCAACAAGAGAAGGCAUUGUUAAGGGCAAUGUCAACCAAACACCCGACAGAAGAAAUACCAGACGAACCAUGAGCAACUUUGCGACAUUCGUACCACCUAGUAGUGACUGCCUGGUGAUGUCAGCAUCUCGUAGCAAGAGAAAGAGGAGGAAGACACAGCAUGAUCGUCCAGUCAACCCAAAGAGUCCAGAAGAAUGGGUCAACCUACUGAAAAGCAGUCCUAUGGUGGAGAUGAACAGAAGGACACCAAAGACAAAAACGUUUGAACCUCUGCUGGCACUAGACUUGGAUAUGGAUUUUGAUGAAGAGACAAUACAGAAGACAGGUGACACGUCAGCAGUAACCUCAGAAGCUGCUGAUGCUGCCAGUACACCACUUGGGUCAGCAGAUAUGUCCAGUGCUACAUCUACUUCAACGGAUAUGAACAAAGAUGAGUCUGAACCGUCUCCUACAAAGUCCCACUCAGAAUCUGCUUCAUGUGAAGGACUCCCCUCAUCACAAACACAAGAAGAAAUAUCAUCUAAACCAGAGGAGCACAAUGUGCAGUAUUUCAGACAGCUGAUGUCUACAGAAAGCAGUGUCUUCAAUGGAUACUGUUCAAAGUGGGAAGAAAUCAUGAAAUCCACUCAAGAUUUAAAUGAAGAAGUGGAGGGUCAAAUAAGGACUUGUAUUGGCCAGGCCCAGUUGUUGAUGUCACAACGAUUUAAGCAGUUCACAGGUCUGGUGGACAACUGUGAAUUUGGCAGUGGUGAGAAGGAGACAACAUUAUCAGAUCUCCAGGGAUUCUGGGACAUGAUCUACUACCAGGUGGAAGAUGUCCAUACCAAGUUUGCUGACCUAGACAAACUGAAGGCUAAUAACUGGGUGGAUGAUAAACCUAAAGUCCAGAAAAAAAUUCUAAAGAAAAAAACUGCUGUAAAACCGGCUGUAAAGCGUCCUGCUGUUGCAUCUAAAUUUGCGGCUUUCCGUGCUCAAAUGAAGAAGAAGCAAACUGUCCCAGACAUUCUUUGCCAUGAAGAACCAGCUGUUACCUUUGAUGGCGGAUUUUUUAAAGUUUCCAGUCCUGAAAGGACUCGAAAAUUCCAUUGUGAAGCGGGUUCUCCUCAAAGGAAGGUUUCAACCUCUUCUGCGGAGAAAGAGAAGGCCCAAGAAUCUAAGAAAACUCCACUUUUGGAAGUUGUGUCUUCAGGUGUUGACAGUUUGGGACUCACAAGUCUGCGAACACCUAGCAGGAAAUCGUAUGUGCCAGUAAACCCCAGUCCAUUGUUGCGAGACAUCACUCCUCAGGUCACCAGUAAGGGCCAGCCUGCACGCCACUCCUUAUCCAAAAGGCUGCGUUCGGGUGUAGAUGCUGAACCAGCCUUGAAUAACAAGGAAAAUGAUAUGGAUGAUGUUUUCAGCAGUGACAAUUCAGUAAAAUCAACUGAAACUCCAUUAGAAAAAAGUACAACUGUAACACCCAAGUCAAAGAUUACACCAAGGAGGUCCUUGCGAUCAAGAAGAUCACUAUGUGAUGUGUCGUCACCUUCCACAGUUCAGGAAACAGAUAACAAUGAUUUCUUCAAAUAUCUCCAGCCAAGCAGUGCUGAUUUAUCCAAAGCUCCUUGCAGCACUAGCGUUUUGGACAAUGAUGGCGAUUGCUGGGACCUGUCUACUGCUUUUUCUGAUACUGAAACUACAGAUCGUGUGAAAGGUUCACCAAGUAUACCAAAGCAACGCACAUCCAGUCUGAAACAAUUGCCAUCAUCACAGCGCCGUCGCUCAACCAGACGCAGUGUGCAUUUCUCCACUUCUACGACAAUAGAACAUACACUCGAAGACAUUAAAGAUGUGCCGGGGAGAGUUGGUGAUGACAUGUUGAUCUUCACUCCACCUGGACAGAAGUCUUUAAUGUCACUGGAGGAUGAUAUCAGCAGCUCCAUUACUCAAAAUGCUGGCGCUACACCUGCCUGUCGGAAUUCAAGACCAAGUCUGUUGUUCACACCUCCCCAGGACACCUCACCACUGACCACCACCAACACAACAAUGUGCACAGAGAUUCCGACAGACAUUCUCAUAUCAUUCACACCUUGAAUAUAUAUUGUUCAAGGUGAUCAAGACACCAGGAUUCAUGUUCUCAGUGUUGCAUUCAGCUGUAGGAUACAAACAUUUUAACUUUCAUUGUACAAAUAUAUGUAUGUCUGAUAUACUGUGAUCCUGAAAGGCAUGGCAAUAAUUUUAUUUGAUUAAUUGUAUCACAGGACAUAAAGUGUUGAAGACCAGAAUCAACCAAAUCUCUGCCAGUGACUCAUAUCAGAAUGGAUUUCUUCAUUUACUCUACACAAGUGUCCAGCAACAUGUCUGUAAUUAUGUUCAUACAAUAAACAUUUAUUAGUCUGAUAGCUAUACUUUAUAAUAAUUACUGGUAGGUUCUAUGUACUCAAUGAUAACUCACAUGUUUCCUUUCUAUUCUGUCCUAUUAUGCAUGCUACCAGUAAUCAUUAUUAUCUUACAGGUAUUGUUUCUAAUUAGAAUUACAGUACUGCUAUCUCAUCACAUCACAUGUCUGUGUGUUUCUGUGUACACUUUCUGUGGCUGUCUAAUGAACGUGAUAUUGCUCAUAAAAAGUUUUUACUGAAUUAUUUUAAUGGUGACAGCUCACAUUUUAUAGUAAAUUUCAAGACAGUAUUCUAUUAGAUACUUAUUUGAUCAUUUGAAGGGAAGUUUUUUUACUUUUACUCUAAAUCAAGUGUUAGAUCUAUACACUGUCACCCUAGGUAUUGAAAUUUAAAGCAGUCUUCUCUCUAUAUAAUUAUCACCUAUAUAAUUUACUAUGGCAGAAAGAAUAGUCUUAUCUCUAUAAUCAUCACCUAUAUAAUUUACUAUGGCAGUAACUGAAGUCCUCUAUCUCUAUAACUAUCACCUAUAUAAUUUACUAUGGCAGUAACCAUAGUCUUCUAUCUCUAUAACUAUCACCUAUAUAAUUUACUAUGGCAGUAACCAUAGUCUUCUAUCUCUAUAACUAUCACCUAUAUAAUUUACUAUGGCAGUAACUGAAGUCCUCUAUCUCUAUAACUAUCACCUACAUAAUUUACUAUGGCAGUAACCAUUGUCUUCAAUCUAUAACUAUCACCUAUAUAAUUUACUAUGGCAGUAACCAUAGUCUUCUAUCUCUAUAACUAUCACCUAUAUAAUUUACUAUGGCAGUAACCAUAGUCUUCUAUCUCUAUAACUAUCACCUAUAUAAUUUACUAUGGCAGUAACCAUAGUCUUCUAUCUCUAUAACUAUCACCUAUAUAUUUUACUAUGGCAGUAACUGAAGUCCUCUAUCUCUAUAACUAUCACCUAUAUAAUUUACUAUGGCAGUAACCAUUGUCUUCAAUCUAUAACUAUCACCUAUAUACUUUACUAUGGCAGUAACCAUAGUCUUCUAUCUCUAUAACUAUCACCUAUAUAAUUUACUAUGACAGUAACCAUAGUCUUCAAUCUCUAUAAGUAUCACCUAUAUAAUCUACUAUGGCAGUAACCAUUGUCUUCUAUCUCUAUGACUAUCACCUAUAUAAUUUACUAUGGCAGUAACUGAAGUCCUCUAUCUCUAUAAGUAUCACCUAUAUACUUUACUAUGGCAGUAACCAUUGUCUUUUGUCUAUAAGUAUCACUGAUAUAAUUUAAUAUGGCAGUAACUGCAGUCUUCUAUCUCUAUAAAUAUCACCUACAGUAUAUAAUUUACUUUGAAAACGACUUGUAUUAUCUUCUAGAUACUGGUCACUUCAUAAAUUUACACUUGAAAGGAUUCUGUUUGAGUAUGACCAUCCUUUCAAGUUGUGUAAUAUAUUAGUACAUGUGACUGUUUUAGAAUAUCUGUUCUGCCAUGAGUUUUUAUGUGUUAUCUGAGGCAGCAUUUAACAUUGUAGUAGAAAUGUAUAUUGAAUCAUAAAUGAUAUGUUGAGUAGUUUGAUUUUAAGUCUUUGGAAGAGACAUAAGUUGAAAUUUGAAAUUGCAUUUAUAAGAUCAAUGACUUUAUGUUUUCGUUUGUUGAAAAGAAGAAAAAAAAAGUUGAAAUGAUAUUAAAUGAACCAUUAUAAGAAA